AUGGGCAGAACCCUCCCUGCCCCCAGGACGGGGCUCCUAAAUGGGAAGCUGAGCAGUGCCAUUUGGAAUCUGUGCUGCAAACUCCCAGCGGCCUGCUUCCCACACCACACCACUUUCUCCUGAGACUGGAGGGGGGCUUCAGGCACUUUUGCAAGUCAACUGAGCAGUGUGGGGGUAGAAGGCAUUGAAAGACAUCUUGAGGUUUACACCUCAGGAGACUGGACCUGCUCUUCCCAGAACCCCUUUUUAUCCUAAACCACAUGACAUGCUUCAUGGCAGUGACCCUGUAAUCAGGUCUACCUGGCAAGUCUACUUGGGAUUUGAGCUGAAAGAGCUGGUGAGUCCCUCAUGCUUCUAAGAGCUGGCAGCUUUAUAAAGGUCUAUGUACUCACCCCUCUGCCCCACCAACCCUAGGUGCUUUUGGGUGCUAAUGAGCUCCCCUCCUUCCCACCUUGGGCCUUGCUACUGCCUGGGGAAUUCACACAAAUGGUGUGAAAUUUUCCCUUUCUUUGUUUAUCUUUCUGACUUGGAGCUAUAGCAGACCCCUCACCCCCACCAGGACUCUGUUUACUCAACUGGGAGAGAUUUCACACCCAAGAACACAACUCUCUCUCCAGGGGCUCUCUCCCUAGAUCUUCACCCCCUCCUACUCCUUUCCCUACACUGCCUGAAUAAUUGAUGCGUCCAGGCAGAGCUUAUAAAAGGGUCCCUGGGGAAAGGCCAAAAGAGCGCUGAAGGUUCUGAGAACCAGGAGAGCCCACACAGUCUGCCUGGCUUGGUGUCCCAAGGAUGGACCCUGCUGUCCCUGCUGCUGCUCCCCCUGGCCUGCCUGUGGCACAAGCUCCUGUCCUAGUACAAGCCCCUGGACAAGAAGGCCCUGGGAAUGAAAGAGGAACUUAUCUUUGGAGGCCCUGGUUAUCCUCCACAAAUGACCAACUAAGGCAGGUGAGGGAGUUGGUGCACUGGGCUGCUGGUGGCGCAACAGCUGCUGAGGCCGCCAAGGCUGACUCUGAGUUCCAUCACCCAGUCAGGCUCUUCUGGCCUAAAUCCUGUGCCUUUGACUACUUGUACAGUGCUGGGGAGAUUUUACUACAGAACUUCCCUGUCCAGGCCACUAUCAACUUAUAUGAGGACUCCGACAGUGAAGAGGAUGAGGAAGAUAAAGAAGAUAAUGAUGAAGAAGAAACCGAUGAAAAGGGCCCAGAAGGGUGUGUGAGGGUACCAGUGUCCACACCACACAAGGCCACAGCUCAUUCCCCUGACCCACCCCUGACCUGUCCAAACUAAAGCAGUCUCAGUUAUGACUGGCAAGUUUCCAAUGGCAUUGAUUAGCCAAGAGUUUCCAGACACAGAUUUUCAGGACUGAAACCUGUGCUCUUAAGCUGACCAGCCUACCCUGGCUUCUUUGAUGGGCCUAGGAGCCUACGCUUCUAGCAUGUUAUAUCUGGGCUGCUCUUAUGUCAACAGACGGAGGUACCUGAGACCUAGAGAGGAAGGAAGACUUGAUUUCUGAAGCACCCAAGAAGCAUAGCAGGACCGGGGAUGCCCUGGCACAAGAGAGCAGUCACCCUCCAGGGCUCUUUGACACCCAUCAUGGUCAGUUCUCCCAAGUAGCCACAUAAUCUAGUCUCCUAGUGAAAAAACCUUUCCAGCUUCACCUUCAGGGACACCAACACAAGAUCCAAACACCUUGCUGGAAGGGAAGGAGUGAUCGGUCCUGAGAAUGAGCUUAUCUAGAGACCCGCACCUCACUUUGCCUUCUAUUCAUUAAAUCUGGGUAUUGGCACCAGAUGAAUCAGGAGAAAAAUAAACUGGAUGACGUUUGCCUUUUUCUUGGAACUCUGCUGAUUUCUUAACUGAACUCUGCCCAUGUUGUGAAGCCAUGAGUGGAGGGUCAGAGACCAGCUCAAGGCCAAUUCAUUCUAUCUCUACCUGAGGUCAGUUGACAGAUUUUUCUCUUCUAGAAUGUAGGACUGGGGACUUAGUCUCAAGGCAGCCUCUCUCCAUCAACUCCUGAAAUCAGGCUUGAUUAAACUUCAAGGACAGCUUAGAAAAGGAAGAAUAAAGCUCCUUGCCACAAGGAAGCUUGAAAGUUAGGGGUAGAGGAUGAGGACUCGGGGGGUGGUGGUUGUUAGAUGUGUCUUUUCAUUUGAGCCCUGGAGGUGGACAUGUGCAUAUGAGGAGGGAUGUUUGGGAACCUGUUAAAUUCUGUCAGUUUAUCUCUUUGGUUCCCUCAGUGUUUUCCACUGCCCAGUCACUCUUGCCCCAAUUACUCUUCAACUAAUUUUUCUGCUUCCAGAGUUUUAUUUUGCAAUCUGUCUGCAUAUUAGCCACCAAAUCAGGUCAUGGUCUUGCUUCACUAGUAGCUGGACUUAUGGUUUGUUCUUUCUUUCACAGAUUACUUUGAGGAGCUAUGGCUUCUUAGGAAAGUACAUCUUUAUAUAAUGCAAGCAAUGCUACAUAUUCACAGAUUGAGUCUUUAGUGUGCCCUUGCAAUCAUUUGCUUUUGUGUUUGUUUGUUUGUUUGGGGCUUUAUUGGAGACAGGGUCUUGCUAUAUAG